UUUUGUGUGUGGAGGCCGGCGAAGAAAGACUGCCUUGUCUAUCGCUAAACGAUUUUGGGGUUUUUUUCGGCCCGUUUGAGGGGCGCGAAGUCGAGCCCAGCCGCCGCUGUAGCUUCGAAAACACGGCAGCUGAGUUUGAUGUCAUAAAUAUCGAGCGGUAACAGCGAAACCAGUCGCCAUUUCAGUUGGGCCUUCCAGCCCCGAGCUCAUCCGCCCACAUAGACUCGAGCCAGCGGUCUCCUGCGGCCUGCGUGAGGAUGCGAGGCUUCGGAGACCGAGGUCGCGACCGUGACCGCGGCGGGUUUGGCAGUCCUCUUCCUCCCAAGAAAUUUGGAAACCCAGGAGAACGGCUGCGUAAGAAAAAAUGGGACUUGAAUGAGUUGCCCAAAUUUGAGAAGAACUUCUAUGUUGAACAUCCAGAAGUAGCCAGACUAACUCCAUAUGAGGUUGAUGAGCUGAGAAGAAAGAAAGAGAUUACUGUUAGAGGAGCAGAUGGGUGCCCGAAGCCUGUGUUUGCCUUCCACCAGUGUAACUUCCCACAAUAUGUAAUGGAUGUCUUGAUGGACCAGCAUUUUACAGAACCAACCCCAAUCCAGUGUCAGGGCUUCCCAUUGGCUCUGAGUGGUCGUGAUAUGGUGGGCAUUGCACAGACUGGCUCUGGGAAAACAUUGGCAUAUCUGCUGCCUGCAAUUGUUCACAUCAAUCACCAGCCUUACUUGGAAAGAGGGGAUGGUCCAAUUUGCUUGGUUCUGGCUCCUACCCGAGAGCUGGCCCAGCAAGUCCAGCAGGUAGCUGAUGAUUAUGGUAAAUGUUCAAGACUGAAGAGUACCUGUAUAUAUGGAGGAGCACCCAAAGGUCCCCAAAUCAGAGACUUGGAGAGAGGUGUUGAAAUUUGCAUUGCUACGCCUGGACGUCUGAUUGACUUUCUGGAAGCAGGGAAAACUAACCUCCGCCGUUGUACUUACCUUGUACUGGAUGAAGCUGACCGAAUGUUGGACAUGGGUUUUGAACCUCAAAUUCGCAAAAUUGUUGAUCAGAUACGGCCUGACAGGCAGACUCUCAUGUGGAGUGCCACUUGGCCAAAGGAGGUGCGCCAGCUGGCUGAGGACUUUUUGCAUGACUAUGUCCAGAUCAACGUGGGCAACCUGGAGCUGAGUGCCAAUCAUAAUAUCCUCCAGAUAGUGGAUGUUUGCAUGGAGAGCGAGAAGGACCAUAAACUGAUACAACUAAUGGAAGAAAUCAUGGCGGAAAAAGAGAACAAGACUAUCAUCUUUGUGGAGACAAAAAGACGAUGUGAUGACCUAACUCGAAGGAUGCGUAGAGAUGGGUGGCCAGCUAUGUGUAUUCAUGGAGACAAGAGUCAACCAGAAAGAGAUUGGGUGCUUAAUGAAUUCCGUUCUGGAAAGGCUCCUAUCCUAAUUGCUACAGAUGUUGCAUCUCGUGGGCUAGAUGUGGAAGAUGUAAAGUUUGUGAUAAACUACGACUAUCCAAACAGCUCGGAGGAUUAUGUGCACAGAAUUGGCCGUACAGCCCGUAGCACCAACAAAGGCACUGCCUACACAUUCUUCACACCAGGGAAUUUGAAACAAGCUAGAGAGCUGAUCAAAGUGCUAGAGGAAGCCAACCAGGCCAUCAAUCCAAAACUUAUGCAGCUAGUCGACCAUAGAGGAGGUGGUGGAGGUGGAGGUGGUCGUUCUCGUUACCGAACCAGCAAUUCCUCCAACAACCCUAAUCUGAUGUAUCAGGAGGAGUGUGAACGAAGGCUCCGAGGAGUUAAAGAUGGCCGAAGAGACUCCGGUAGCUUCAGAGACCGUGAUCGUGGUGACACUUUUGCCAAUGGAGCCAACAAGGCCUAUGGUGGUGCAUAUGGGAGUCCAAAUUCUGCCUUUGGGACACAGCAGGGCCAAUACGGUUAUGCCCAGGGGGCCUAUGGAGCUGCUGCUUAUGGCACAAGCGGCUAUGGGGCAGAAUAUGGUGCUGCUGGCUAUGGUGGAGCCAACACUGCCAAUGCUGGGAGAAACUCACAAAGCACCAGCCAACAGCAGUAUGCAGGGAUGGGCCGUUCAGGCCAACAGCCACAGCCUCUCAUGUCGCAACAGUUUCCUCAGCCUCCAGGCACUAACGUGAUGGGCUAUAUGGGACAGACUGCUGGCUACCAAUAUCCACCUCCUCCCCCACCCCCACCCCCUUCACGCAAAUGAGACCAUUUGAUUUCCUAGUACCAGUCAAGAUUUGCAAUUUAAGAACCUUCUCUUCUUUCCCCCCAUCUCACCCCAUAGUGAUGUUUUCCAUGCAGGGUAGAUAAAGAGAUCACCAUCCAAAUUCUACCUUCAGACAGUGGUCCCCAAUCCAUGUUAAUGAUUUUGUUUUUAAAAUUAGAAUUGACUGGAAAACUGACUACGUUAUAGACUUAAGAAGUUUGGCCUUGCAUGUUUAAAGAAUCUGGAAUGAUUUUUUUUCUUUAAAAAAGAAAUGGAAAGGGGGAGAGACACUGCAGGGCAGAAAUGUCCCAGCCCAAUUUGUCUGUGUGUCUGAGGCUUGUGUAUGAAAACUUGCUGCAGAGAGGACAUUUUCCAUGCUGUGAACAUCAAGAAUGACGGUGCUAUGGAGUGCUCCCCUAUUAACAGAAAAUAAGAGUGUACUUUCCCUUCAGAGUUAAGACUUCAUUUUCUAAAAUGAAAAUAGAACACGGGUAUUUGAAUUUGGUAUAGGUGAAUUUUGAAAAUAUAAUUUGUCUGACUCAGCUCAUGGUGUUCCAAACCCCUGUCAGAUGUAAUAACAUAGAAAUUAGCACAAAAAUUUGUCAGCAUUUCUGCAGCUCUUGAAGCCAGGGAGAGGCUGAGGGUGUAAGUAUUGGAAGGAAGUACUUUCAUCCCAGGUUUAAUUGCUAAAAAAAUCAGAUAGUGAGGGUUGUUUGCUGUAUUUCUUUCAAGAGAUCAUACAUAGGUGAAAACUUGCCUCACAAGAGUCAGCUGUUGUGGUUAAAAUUGCACUUCAGCAGAAGAUAGAAACUUAACCAGACAGUUUCUAUUUACUUGGUAAUAUUUCUUUUAGUAUGAAGUACUUAACUGGGUAGGUCCAGGAUACCACUGUCCUAAAUGGGAUGGUUUAGUUUUUAUGUUUUAACGGGUUUAUUUAGGUCCCCCGGGGGGGGGGAAGGGUAGAGAGAUGGGUAAUGUGUCUUGGAAGCGGCAUUCAUGCCCUGAUCUGGGCUUUGCUUUUGAGUGAGCUGUCCUUUGCACUCAGCUUUUACAGGUAGGUAGCAGCAUCCUAGGAAAUUUUAGGCAAGUAUAACACUUUUCAUUCAAUCUCCCCCCCCCCCCCCCGGCUGAGAGAGGGUUUUAGGUGGGUGGGUGGGUGGGUGGGAUGGGAUUUUUCUUCUAGUACUGAGGCUUAUGUGUUGUGACUAUUAGCAGAAUGGCUGAUGAUAGUUGGUCUUAUAGCACAUCACUUGUCACGUUCAGAUAACAUGGCAGGAGAUACUUGUGUACUGAUUUUGAGAGGCAUAAAGCUUGUGCUGCAAGAUUGACUACCUUAUUUUCUGUUUGAGGGAGUACAUAGUUCAAACAAAUAAGAUUGGCCAGUUAAUUUAUAUUGAUUAGGGGCUGGCUUAUAAAAAUUGGCUUUAUGUUUGUGUUCCUCAGUAGAGAGCAGGAUGAGGAAUGUAGACCACUUACGUGUCUGCACACAGUGUACAGGUAGGUUGUCGGCGUGAGGGGAAUAUUGCCAGUUUAAAUUCCUCUUGUCUCAUUUGACUUCUGUCAGUUUAGGACUAGAAAAUCAGAAAAUACUUGAUAUGGCUGGCAAAAAGCUGCAAUGCAAAUUAACAUUUAUUUACUGAACCCUAAUCUGCAUUUCCUUCAUGAAAUAUGUCAUGGAGCUAUCUUUUUCGUUCAAACAAAUUAAUCUACAGGCUAUGGGGAUGUGGAUAAGACCACAUAACUUUUGCUCUGUUUUCAAAAGGGUGUCAGGACUGCUGAGUGGUCUUUGUCUUUCUUCAGUAUCUCUGCAGAUACAGAAUGUUUGGGGUUUUGUAGUGCUUAUUGUAGCUUGAAGACUGCUGCAGCCUAGAGUCUCUCAUGCUCAGCCAGAGUAUUAACCAUUGAAUGCUUUGUGGCAUGUACUGCUCCUGUCCCACGUGGAACUGCUUGGUUCCACAUACCAGCUAGCCUUGUUGACAAAGCAGGCAUGUCAGUUUUUUUUCCCAGUAAGCAUUUAUGGAAAAAAUCCAAUAUAUCUUUUUCCUGAUAAUUUACUGUGUGGGCUUUUCUUAAUUGAAAGGUUUAGGGGCUUUUCUGGUAGGAUCAGUACUCUUUCAACCCUGACUGGUAUUUAAACACAUUCCUGUUGUAUUAACAAAGACUUGAAUGGAGAGAUUCGUAGCUCUGUGGUGUUCAGGCACAGUAUACUAAAAGCUAUGUUAUGAUUAGUUUAUAAAUUGUUCUUUUGAUACCAUCUUGUUUUCUUUUGUAGGUAUGAAUAAAACACUGUUGUCAAAGUGCAAA